GUUUUUUUUUUUUUUUGUGUAUUUCAGUCACCAUGAAGUCGUCCUCUGUCGCCCUCAUCGCUAUAUGCCUUUGUCUCGGCGUGUCAUGCGCACUAGGAGCCGGAUACGGUUCCGAUUACACUAGCUAUGAUACCUAUGGAGGUAUGGGAGGCGGAUACAGCAUGGGUUACGGAAGUGGCUACGGAAGUGGAUACGGAAGUGGCUACGGAAGUGGAUACGGAAGUGGAUAUGGAAGCGGAUACGGCCACUCAAAGGGAUACGGAAAGGGAUACGUCUCCACCGAGACUAUCAUUAGACAACCCUACGUACCAAUGACUCCCCCAUUGCCACCACCAGUCAACAACAAUGACGAAGGACUUUUUGGACUCGGUAGUUCUGGACUUCUGUUGCUCGGUCUGCCCCUUCUCCUUCUCCUGAGGAACUCCAACUCCGGUUAAACUCCUGACGUUAACACUCAUUACUGUAGAAGCAACUCUGUGAUAUAUCGCGCAAUACCAGUUACCAGUUCGUCUGUGUGGACAUUAUUUGUAUGUUUGUGUUAUUGUUAUGUUGAUUAAAAACUUAAAGAAAAAUGUA